AUGACACGUCGUUCCCAUCAGAAUACCCCGUCGUCGUCAAUCAACAUUCGACUAAUUCCAUUUCAACUGGCUGGACUUUGUCCAUUUUCACCGACCUCCCCAGCGCUGACCAUUGCCCUGCUAGUUUGGACCUUCGCAAAUCUGACUUUGGUUGUCAUCCUGCUCGUCAAAGUGACUGGCAGUGCCAGUUUACUUUUCAUGGAUCCGGACGGCGGCAAAGGCCACCAGCUGAAUCCGAUCCUGCUAAUUAAAUCAUCAUUUACAAUCGCCGCCCACGUGCUCGUCCUGGUCGAAACGCUGAUUCAGCACGUCACAUUCCGACGGGUUGAGGAACGACUCGAGUCAACGGACAAAUCUCUGUCGAUGGUGGGCUCCAAAAGUGGCCCCAGCCAGCGAAAGUUGCUGUUCUAUCUUGUGAUCUGUGCCACGUCGGAAGUUGGCAAUUUUUGGCUGGCCCAGCCCUUGUAUCGUACGGCCUGGUACACGACCGUAGCAUCCCAAGCAGUUAUCCGGCUCAAGCAUCUCCAGCACAUGCAGUACGUCGAAGGACUCAGCAUCCGGUUUCGAGUGUUGAAAAAACAACUCCAACAGUUUGUCACCACCACGAACGCCGCAAAAGACGAAGAAAAAGCUCGUUAUUCUGGAGGGAAAUUCGCUUCGCAUGCAAAACAGCAACAUUCCAUCGACGGCAACCUGCCGGACUGUUUGCGGAAAGUUUUCAUUAUCAAAAGCACGUACCUGGCGCUUUGGGACGCGGGACAACUGCUGGCCGGGGCCUUCACCCUGGCCCAGCUGGCCAAUCUGCUCCAGAACUUUGUCCAGUGCACAUGUGACCUGUACACCAUAUAUUCCCAUCUGUAUCGCAACGACCACCACUUUGGGGACAUUUUCGACACAGUUUUGGGACUGAUUCCUACGCUGGUCGCGUUGCUGUUGGUGCUCGGCAGUUGUGAAGCGUGCAGGACGCAGAAUUUGAAGUAG